AGUUUCGUUACGUUUGUACCAAUUUUAAAAAGUAAUAAACACCUAAAUAAAAACAACAAACACUUUCUCUGGUUAAAAAAAAACAAGUUCAGAAAACUUAGGUAUAAGUAUGUUAACAGCAGGUUUUUACCCUAUAUAUUUAAUAAUAAUUCAUUGUAUAGAUUGUUCACGUAACUAAUAUAAAAAUUUUUUUACUUAUCAUUACAUUUUGCAUUUUAAAGAUAUCGUGUCUAUGGUACUACAUACCAAAUCAUUUACAUUCAUUUACACAAUAUUGGGUUUUUCCUAAUACUUUGUUAAAGAAACUUUGUUACUAUGAAUAUUAUUUCAUUUAGCUAUACUGAUUCCAACUUUAAAAUGGAUGCACGUUACAGAAGGUAUGCACGUUGGGUGCCAAGUUAUCUUUACAACCGUCCUCAUAGCUUUGUUAAACAUUGCCUAAUAAAAUAAAGUAACGUUGAGAAUCUUGAUUUGUCCGGAGUAAUCAUGAUUAAACAUGGAGUUUUUGCUGUAUUAAGUUCUACCAAGCCAGCUACUAAAUAUUUUGUAUCAUUUGGUGAUGAGAUUACAAUGCCAAAAUGUACUUGUUUAAAUUGGAUAUCAACUGCAUAUCCAUGCAAACAUUUUUUUUUAGUAUUUAGAAAGUACCCUGCUUGGUCAUGGAGUGCUUUGUCAUCAUUAUAUCUAAGUUCACCAUUCUUAAACUUAGAUGCUGAUGAUUACGAAGCAUCACACGAAAAACCACCAUUUAGUAGGCCGGAAAGUUCAAUUCUACCUAAAAAAGAAUUAGAUGUCAUUAAUGAUUUGAAUGAAAAAUCUAAAAAAAUUACAAGUGUUUGCUCUGGAGUAAAUGUUAGGGAAAUGCUUACAACAAUUCAAAACCUAACAUAUGAAUUUGAGGAAAAUUCAGAAGAAAUUGUUCUUGUUUAUAGCACUCUUGCUUCUCUCAUUAAAAAACUUGAAAAAAAUAGAACUAAAGAAUCAGGAAUUCCGCUUUCUCCAUUGGAUAUCAAGUUGCCUUGUCAUUUAAAAAGGAACAUUCCAAUUCCUGUUCGUAAACCAAUGAAGCUUCCUACUGAUCGCGUAGGUAAUCACAAAGAUAUGGUUAUUGCAUCUUCUAAAAUAUUUCUAGAGGAAAAAAAACACAAAACCGAGCCGAUUGAGGUUGACAUUAUUGAACAUAUCGAUGGAAAUAGUAUAAUUAUUGAUGAUGAGUCAGUUACUAUUAAUGAAAAUGAUGGAUUCGAGAUGAAAAGACUAAACCAUUUAUCACCUAACUGUAAUCUCUCUUCCAAUGAUUUGAACGAUAUUUUAACAAACCAAAUGUUAUCUGACAUUGUAAUCCACACCAUGCAAAAGAUGAUCACAGGUGUAGGCGGUCUCCAAGACCCAGUUCUUGGACAAAAUCUAUCGUUCCGUGUACAAAAAGCAUCUUUUGUCCAGGUGUUGCAUGAUGGCGAUGCCCACUGGUUGGCUAUAAGUAAUUUUGGAUGUUCUGUUGGUGAGGUUUUUCUUUUAGACAGUUUUUUUCGUGGAAAAGUAAAAAACCAUGUGGUUAGGCAAAUUUGUGCUAUUAUGCAUUGCAAUGAAGAUAAAUUAACUGUCCGCGUUGUACCGGUGCAACAACAAACAAAUUAUGUUGAUUGUGGUUUGUACGCAUUAGCCUUUAUAAAACAUAUUACCGAUACUAGAUCAAAUCCAAGUUAUGUUGCUUUUGACGCUUUUCAAAUGAGAAAUCAUUUGCUAAAAUGUGUGAAAGGCAAUCAGUUUACUGAGUUUCCAAAGUCCGAAACAGCUAUGCGAUUCUGCAAAGAAAAAGAAUUGAAUUUUUCCUUGUACUGCAUUUGUAGACAAGUCUGGUUAGCUUCGGAUAGUUAUAUUAAAGAUAGACAUAUGGUGCAAUGCGGAAUAUGCGAAAAUUGGUAUCAUCGCGCUUGUGAACGUAUCCCUGAUUAUGUUUUGGAAGACAAAUGUGCAGAUUGGUCAUGUUCAAAAUGCAGCUCUAUGUUAUAAAAUGUUUUUAUUAUUUAGUUUCGUAAAUAUCCUAAUUUAAAAAAUGGUUUGUUAAUAAUACAAACAAAUUAUUAUACUGACUCCAUAUUUGUAGAUGUAUUUUAUUUAUCCUUUUUCUUUGUUCGCGUUGAAACGAAAGUUGAAUAUAAUUCAACAACAACAGUUUAACACUUUAUUAAUUUUUUAUUCGAGUAGAAAGCUUAAAUAAGCUUUGUUAAAAUAUAACCGAAUGCAUAACACUUAGACCUUUGCUUUUCAGAAAUAUAAAAUAAUGUGAAAAAGGUUGUACUUAUUACUUCAUACCUCAAAGAUAUUAUUUAAAAAAUAUUUAUGUAACUAGUAGUAUUUAUAAAAAUAGAUUAUUUAGUAACUAUUUAUAUAA